AUGAAGUCCCUGCAAUUCCUGCUCUCGUUGCUAGUAUGGAUGCAGCUGGCACUUGCCCAGGGUCAGGUUCCCGAUGACUCGGCUUUGAUAUUAGCAGUGGAACAGCUUCCCGACUGCGCGCAAGAGUGUCUGGUCACGGCUGUCUCCAAGUCAUCAUGUGCAUUGAACGAUGCAACUUGCAUAUGCCAAAAUAUGCAAUUACAGCACCAAGUCGAGAUUUGUGUACAUAAAACAUGUACGCUGAGGCAAGGGCUGAUGACCAAAAAUGCGACCAUGACAGUAUGUCACGCUCCGAUACGUUAUAGAGGCGAGAGUGUCCGCGUAUCCAACAUUAUCAUUGCGGUCUUGACCGCUGCCUUCGGUCUUACUAGACUCUUUUAUAGAGGAUUCUUCUCUGGUGGCGAGUUCGCGUAUGACGACUGGUGCGUUGUCGCCGCUCUGAUUUCAGGAGCACCGUCUGUUAUCAUCAUUGACCGGGCUGUCGUGCCCAACGGACUCGGAAGAGAUAUUUGGACGGUCCACCCUGACCAGAUCACCGAGUUUGCCAAGUAUCUUUUCGGAUUGGAAGUACUCUACUUCUUCCACAUCGCUUUAUUGAAGCUCAUGCUCCUUUUCUUCUUUUUGCGGAUAUUCCCAAAGCAGAGCAUCAAGAGAAUCAUUUGGGCAACUAUCGUCUUCACCUGCCUUUACGCCAUCGCAUUCAUCACCGCGUCGAUUUUCCAAUGCCGACCGAUAUCAUACAACUGGUGGAAAUGGGACGGAGAGCACCAAGGUCAAUGCAUCAACAUCAACGCCCUUGCGUGGUCCAACGCCAUUAUCAGCAUCAUCACGGAUAUUUGGAUGCUUGCUGUACCCUUGUGGGAAGUUUUUCAGCUACAGUUAUCCUGGCGCAAGAAGUUGAGCGUAGCUAUUAUGUUCUGCGUGGGUACAUUCGUGACCGUCAUCUCCGUUCUUCGUCUACGAUCUCUUGUGACUUUUGCCGCUUCCAGUAAUCCAACAUGGGAUCAGGUCGACGUCAUCACUUGGUCAAAUCUCGAGCUCAACAUCGGCAUCAUGUGCGCCAAUCUACCAACAUUACGCGUCAUACUCGUACGAUUGUUUCCCAAGAUCCUGGGUACAACCAGAGCCACCGACCGAGCAGCUUACUACGGAAAUGGAAAUCAAAGUUUCGGAAUGAAGAAAGAGGAUGUUGCUUUAGCAAGCAAGGGAGGAAAGUCGUUCGGUUCGAGGAAAGGAGGUGAUCCGGAUGUCAUCACAUAUACGACCACUUACGAAGUACGACAUACUGAUAGCGAUGAGCAGUCGCUUGUGGCACCGGAUAUGGGUCGAUUCGGCCAGCAGAAGCCAGCGAACCAAAGUAGUCGCACAAGUAUCUCAAGCGUAUAA